AUGGUGAGUGUAGACCAGCCGUGUUUCACCCUCAUAAACAUUCCCAAUGAUUCGGACAUGCCUAAUGAGAUGCAACUCAAGCAGGACUUAGAGCACGGAGAUAUAAGAACGAAAACAGAAGCCCUGAAGAAGUUGAUUCAGAUGAUCUUGAACGGUGAUAAGAUGCAGUCACUGCUGAUGACGGUCAUCAGAUUUGUCAUGCCCCUGCAAGACCACAUGAUCAAAAAAUUGCUACUCGUGUUCUGGGAGAUCGUUCCUAAGUACUCUGGUGAUGGCAAGAUGCUACAGGAGAUGAUUCUCGUCUGCGAUGCUUACAGAAAGGACCUUCAACAUCCAAAUGAGUUCAUCAGAGGUUCCACAUUGAGGUUCCUUUGCAAAUUGAAGGAGCCAGAACUUCUUGAACCAUUGAUGGCUCCAAUCAAGGCUUGCCUUGAACACAGGCACUCGUAUGUCAGGAGGAAUGCUGUGCUUGCCAUCUACACCAUUUAUAGGAAUUUUGAUUUCUUGAUGCCCGAUGCCCCAGAGUUGAUAGCGACGUACUUGGAGGGUGAGGCCGAUGCUUCGUGCAAGCGUAACGCAUUCAUGAUGCUCAUACAUGCCGACCAGGAGAAGGCAUUGAGUUAUCUGAGCAGCUGCAUUGACCAGGUGCAUACAUUUGGUGAUAUCUUACAGCUUGUCAUUGUGGAACUUAUAUAUAAGGUGUGCCAUGCUAAUCCAUCGGAACGUACCCGUUUCAUAAGGUGCAUAUACAACCUGCUCAACUCCUCGAGUGCUGCUGUCAGGUACGAAGCUGCAGGUACCCUGGUCACUCUCUCCAGUGCUCCUACUGCUAUCAAGGCUGCAGCAACCUGUUACAUAGAGUUGAUAGUGAAGGAGAGUGACAACAACGUCAAAUUAAUUGUCCUCGAUCGACUCAUCUCGCUUAAGGACAGUCCUACACAUGAGAAAGUUCUUCAGGAACUUGCAAUGGACAUACUCCGAGUGUUGGGUGCUCCAGACUUGGAGGUGAGGAAGAAAACGCUGAGUCUGGCAUUGGAUCUUGUGUCUUCGAGGAAUGUUGAGGAGAUGGUGUUGGUGCUUAAGAAGGAGGUGAUGAAGACAAACAGUUCAUCGGAGCACGAGGACUCAGGUAAGUAUCGACAGUUGUUGGUCAGAACUCUGCAUCAGUGCAGUGUCAAGUUUCCAGACGUUGCUGCCACUGUUAUACCAAUGCUGAUAGAAUUCCUCAGUGACAACAAUGAGUUGGCUGCAUGUGAUGUGCUGGUCUUCGUCAGGGAGGCGAUCCACAGAUUUGAGCAGUUGCGUCCAACCAUCAUUAACAAAUUAUUGGAUACAUUUUCAUCCAUCAAAUCCGUCAAAAUCCACAGAGCAGCCCUCUGGAUCUUGGGUGAGUACUGCACAACCAGGGAAGACAUUCAAAGUGUCAUGACACUUAUCAGGCAAUCACUUGGAGAGAUCCCAAUAGUUGAUGAUGAACUGAACAAGAAGAAAGGUGAGACAGAGGAGGAUAUCCAGAUGACGCAGGGAGCUGGUGUGCAGAGGCUGGUCACUGCUGAUGGCACCUAUGCUUCGCAGAGUGCAUUCUCCGCUAAUGCAAAUGUCGUCAAGAAGGAACAGUCGAGACCACCCUUGCGACAGUUCCUGUCCGAUGGUGACUUCUUCAUCGGAGCUGCCCUCUCAACCACACUCACCAAACUCGCACUCAGAUACGCUGCACUCACGCAAGACAGACCAAAAACUAAUGCCUUUUUAGCAGAAGCCAUGCUGAUCAUGUCGUCAGUCCUUCAUUAUGGAAAGUCAGGAUUGCCUACCAAGCCAAUCACAGAUGACGACGUGGACCGCAUAGCAACGUGUCUUCGUGUCCUGUCAGAACCUUCGCCUCUCCUCAUGUCCAUAUUUGCUGAUAGAUGCAGAUUAUCACUUUCCAACAUGCUGGCAGUCAAGAUGGAAGAGGAUAAAGAGGUGCAAAAGAACAAAGAAAAGAAACAGACGUCAGUUGAGGCGGACGAUCCCAUUGCAUUCCUUCAACUCAUCCCCAAGAAUGAACUUGGUGCCACUGAGAACAUGUUCGACCUAACCCUCUCGCAAGCACUUGGAGUGGGCGGUAAGAAGGAAACAGACAUCGUCGCUUCCUCUAAACUAAACAAGGUUACUCAGUUAACGGGAUUCAGUGAUCCAGUAUAUGCAGAGGCAUAUGUACACGUCAACCAGUACGACAUCGUCCUUGAUGUCCUCAUCGUCAAUCAGACCAGCGACACGCUGCAGAGUCUCACUCUUGAGUUGGCCACACUUGGCGACUUGAAACUGGUGGAGAAGCCACAAUCAGUGGUGCUGGGCCCUCAGGACUUUACAAACAUCAAAGCAAGCAUCAAGGUGGCAUCCACAGAGAAUGGCAUCAUAUUCGGAAGCAUCGUGUACGAUGUGAGUGGCUCGACGAGCGAGAGGAACACAGUGGUACUGAACGAGAUCCACAUCGACAUCAUGGAUUACAUCGUCCCUGGCACGUGCACCGAUACAGAGUUCAGGCAGAUGUGGGCGGAGUUUGAGUGGGAGAACAAGGUGGCGGUCAACACAAACAUCACAGAUCUCUACGAAUACCUUGACCACCUCAUCAAAUGCACUAACAUGAAAUGCCUCACUCCCGACAAGGCCUUGCACGGUGAAUGUGGGUUUAUGGCAGCCAACCUCUAUGCCAAGUCUAUCUUUGGUGAGGAUGCCCUAGCUAAUUUGAGCAUCGAGAAAGCAACCGACCACCCAUCUGCUACUGUUACUGGACAUAUUAGGAUCAGGGCCAAGAGUCAGGGCAUGGCGUUAAGUCUUGGCGAUAAGAUCAACUUCUCGCAGAAGAAAAGCAAAGUAACUGCGCCAUCUGGUUGAUUGGCAUUCAGAGCUGCCAAUCACUUCCCAAUCAUCUCUUACUCUUCUAUUUGUAAUUAUGUUUUAUAUUCUCACUUCUUUUGUUGUAUGAAUGAUUGUUAUAUGAAUAGGAUUGUUUCUCUACAUGCGUUUGUUUUACCGUACUGUUUGUUGUCCGUCUGUUGCUAGCUGGUACAUUUUUCUGUUUUAAGUGUGCAACAAUAGUAGUCUUAUCAUCAUUCUUGUUUUUGAAAAUUAAUUAAUUAUCUUUAACUUAAAUUUUAAUGAAUUUAUUUUUAUUUAUUGUAAAUGAUUCACUUAUCGAAAUUCAUGUUUAUUGUUAUAAUCUAUUUUCGUUUUGCAAUUGGUACGAGUGUUGGAAAAUUUAUUCAUCCAUUUUUAUUCGUUAUAGAUUGCAUGUUAAUUUUGAGUUACUAGUGACUUUGGAGACCUGACAGAGGUGCAGUGGACUGACCUCACCCUGUAUACCGUGGACACAUUUCGACGCAUACAUGAAGGACGACCGCAUGUAACUGACAUUUCAAACACUUGACAUUGACCUGACCUGACUCGACUUAUGCUUCAUGUACGAAUGUUGCGUAAUGUUAUUUAGUGCAACAAAUGCAACAUGCAUGUUUAGUUGACUGACCGUGACCGAUGACUACUGAUUUGACUAACUUUGACACAUACUAGAAUAUGACAACGAACAUUACUGACUGGACAUACGAGAAUAUGACAACGGACAUUACUGACUGGACAUAAAUAUUGACAGAAUGACUUGACAGACAAAGGGAUGUGGACUUUUUGAAUAUUAUAAUUUAGGAACGCGCUAGAACUUGUAAGACAUUCUUUAUAUGUCCUGACAAUUCGUCAGAUGUUUUGAUUUAAUAAAAUGAUUUUUUACAUUAAUUAAA